AUGUACUUGACGUGGCUUCUGCCGCUGGUGGUGUUGGAAGUGGCGGCACAGUCGAGUUUAUGCUCGACGACCAACACUGCCGACUCUGGUUCAAACUCGGAUCUUUAUCAGAGUCGAGGGGCUUGCUCCGAUCGCUGCAGAGGCCAGUCCGCAUACGCCGUGGUCCAGGACGACAAGUGCUGGUGCAGCAACACGACGCCUGGCUCGACGACAGACAGCGGCAGCUGCAACAAGGCUUGCCCAGGAUAUCCGCAGGAAAUGUGCGGUGGUAAUGGCUUAUAUUCAUACGUGUUGCUGGACAAAAGCAAAGUCAAAGCCGCUCCGUCAUCGUCGGCGCCUCCAUCAUCACAACAACAACAGCCAUCAUCAGAGCCACCAUCAGAGCCUGCACCACCACAGAUUGUCACGAUUACUCAGACAAAUGCGCAAGACGCCACGACAGUCAUCAAGACAGUCCAGGCAUCAGCGUCGCCUGUGGACGACAAGUCCGCAACAUUUCGCACCGUAACGGUAACCGGCGCACCAACCGUGAUUUCGAACGUUGCCGCCUCCGAGACCAGCCCGGCCACAGCCACGCCUCAGGCGAGCGGCAGCUCGGGCCUGAAGAAGGGCACCAUUGCAGGCAUCGCCGUGGGCGGCUCCGCGGCCGGAGUGUUCAUGGGUCUGGUGGCGUUUAUGAUUUGGCGCCGCAACAAGUACCACAAGGACAAAGAUGCCGCUUCCCACGACGGCGGAGGACAGAUGGAAGCAGACGACGAGGUGAGGUUCUUUGGUGCCGGCGGCGCAACGUCAAUCAGGAGGGAUAACACAAGCGCGUCGGAGGACUCGCGGAUGGGAGCGUUUGGCCACAAGAAGAGCCUGGUGCGCAACAGCAUCGGAAGCUUGGAGGACGGCGCGGAGGAGGCGAACCAGGUACGAUCAGAAAUAGGAAAACAGAACAAAACAAGCCAAUCAAUCAAGCAAUACCUGCAUCGCUCCGAUCGAUGGCAACACUACCAUAGUGACGUCACCAAAUACUGGCAGCUUGAUGCCAUGUAUAAAUAUGCACCUCUAAUAAGCCGAGAGACACAUGGAGAUCGCGUGCACGGUACACUACACAGCGCAUGUGGUGCGGAGCCACGACACCGAAUCGUGCUGGCCACGAUGCCGCUGGCGCAUCUGGGGUUGGUCGCUAUAAUUAGCGUGGGCAGAGCGCCGGAAAUCCCAGAGCGGGUUAGCGCCGGGGAGCUGCUACGAUCUGCUGAUGAAACCCCCCAGCCAUCGCCGACGAUCCUGUGUCGCAUCAGCGCGCCCGGUUCGUCUUGCCUCUUCGGUCCGAUAUCUUCCCGUGCCUCUCGGGUACGCUCUAUAACCAACGGUCUCGGGCCGGGCUGUCUCUUUCUUUGUUCUGUCGCGCCACUACUGUAG